CCAACCAUAGGUUUUAUGUUGUAUAGGCAGUAUCACCAAAGCGCAGUGGCGAAGGACAAUAAGGGUUCAUCCAAUCCUGAGAUAUCCAAAAUCAUCGGAACCAUGUGGAAACGCUUAGGAGAAGAGGAGCGUAGAGCCUGGACGGAACUGGCGGACGAGGAGAAAAAAAUGCAUGGACUCAAAUAUCCAGGCUAUCGAUAUAAGCCAAAUCGCAGACCAAAG